GUCGUCGAGUGUGACUAAUCCAUGUUGACCUCAAGUCCUCCAGGGCCAACAAGCGUGAAACGUUCCCCUCCUAUUUGUCUUGAGGGCUCACACAAAUCCCGAGAGAACAAGUCUUGAGAUACGAUAACACUGUAAUUGGAUGUCCAAUCAUGUCGGGAUUCGACUUUCGGGAUGCUGAGAUUCUUGACUGCCCCGUCUAUCAAAAGAGUGGUCUCGAGAUCACGAUCCUGACUGCCGACCACCGGCACCCCUGGGAUGGCAUCGAGAUAAGUAAGGGGCAGACCCCAGAGAAAAACCCAGAGGUCCACGAAAAUACGGAUCCGUGGAACACAAAAGUUCUCGGCUAUGUCCGUAAGCCAUCAACAACACGGGACCCGGGGCCCAUUGUUGCAAACUGCGAGGCAUUCUUGGUGAAGCGCGACCUGAUCAUCCAUACCGCUGACGAAUACAGCGAGUUCUACAACCUCAUUGACCGAAAUAGCCAGGUUCUGGGCUGGCUUGGUCAUGAGAUCUUCGACUCAGAAGGCCGCCUCCGAGCGGCUUUCAAGGGACAGGGCAUUUGGGGGGCCGACAGCGAUGAGUCUUGGAUCCUAAUGAUCACCAAGAUUCUGGUUGAUCAUAAGUUACAGCACCAAGGGAUCGGGAGAGAAUUGGUUGGAGCAUUGCUUGGCCAGGUCCUGCUCUGGGCGGCGCAGCAAAACCCUCCACGCGCCGUGCUGACGAUCGCGGAGCCUAGUGUGCUCCGAGAGGAGAGAGAAAGAUUCCAGCGGACACAGCGACAAUCUCCAGGAGACAUUGCAAACUUUAUAGAGAGUUCUCUAGAGCGGGCAAAGAAAUUUUGGCGAUCUUGGGGCUUUGUCCAACUCGGCGACACGAAAUAUUUUGGUUGGAGACGGCCGGCGGUACCCGAUCCAGCUCUACAGCUGCCACCUGUACAAGGGGGCAAACGAUGGGAUGAAAUGGCUGCGGAUUUGGAAAUUUUAUUUGGUGGUGAAGCGGAGGCGAGGCGUGAUUUCUACCGGGCACAACACACGCAAUGAUCUUCAUUCAAAUCACAGUGCAUCUACUGCGGGCAACUUGAGCAAGGCAGACGGCGUCAGCACCCCGACGUAGCUUUUGUUUGGCUUUUGCGAACACCUUCAGGCAGGGAGCAAGUCUCGCACUUAAAUCGUGAAUCAAAUCUCCACAGGUUUGUAUCUCUUCAUGAGUACCAUCGUACUCAAUGGUCG